AUGACUAAGAAGGACAAGAAGCAGAAGGUUAAGGUGAAGACUGUGGAGACCAAGGAGGGCGAGAAGAUCCGCGUGUUCGAGGACCUGGACUCGUUCGAGACGUAUCUGCGGGGGGAAACAGAGGACGAGGAGUUCGACCACGUGCACUGCCAGGUUCGCUACUACCCUCCGUUCGUACUGCACGAGUCACACCAGGACCCGGAGAAGAUCAAGGAGUCGGCGAACAGCCACAACAAGAAGUUCGUGCGCCACCUCCACCAGCACGUCGAGAAGCACCUUCUCAAGGACAUCAAAGACUCGUUGGGCGUUCCUGAACUGAAGUUUAAGGACAAGUCCAAGGAGGAGAAUUUUAAUCAUGUGGUGUGGCGCUACCACGCGCCUACCGCCGUUCGCGAUCGCGAAUUCCUCGUGCACGUGACCGUCGAGUGCCACAACGACACCGCAAUGGUGGACGUGGACUACCUCACGGAGCCGAUGCAGCCUGCUGUGCAGAGCGAGCAGGUAGCUUGA